AGGGUGGGAGAGUCAGAGGGAGAGAAGGAGAGUGCGGGGAAGUAAACAGACAGACGAGGCAGCGGCGAGCUGAGAGCUGCUGCGCCUCUACCAUCAUGAGUGGGUGGUGUCUGAAGGAGAUCUUUGUCUGUUUCCUGCUAUCAGUCCUCUACGUCGGGAGUCUAUACGUCUGGAAUGCCACUCAGGGAAGAGACCAUCCAUCUACAAUUAAGAAGCGAUGCAUUAGUGUGUUCUUCAUGACAAUAGUGUCACCGCUAUUUGUCAUUUGGUUUGGAAAUCAAGACUAUGAUGAGGUUUCGUUAUGGGCUCAGAUGGGCCUGAGAUGGGAGGGCCUUCUCCCGGCAUUGGUUGUGCCUCUUUUCCUUACCUUCAUUCUGUUUUUGGGUCCCCUUGUACAGUCUCAUCUCUCUGUUCCUGUAACAGCUACUCUUCGCAUGUACAUGGAUCCCUUGUAUUGGUAUAAUACAGCACAAAAUCCCAUAUGGUGGAGAAAUCAGCUUGUUGCUCCUUUUUCUGAAGAAUUCACCUUUAGAGCCUGCAUGCUACCCAUCCUGCUGCAGUGCCUCACCCCAGGGAAAGCCAUCUUUGUAGCUCCUCUGUUCUUUGGUGUUGCUCACCUCCACCAUGCCGUGGAUCGCCUGAACGCUGGGAUCACCCUGCCAGCCGUCAUCCUCAUAUCCAGUUUCCAGUUUUUGUAUACAUCAGUAUUUGGUUUCUAUUCAGCAUUUCUCUUUAUCAGAACAGGACACUUUCUUCCUUUAUUUGCUGUUCAUGCAUUUUGUAACCACAUUGGUGUCCCUGAGGUGAAGGAAAUGCUGAAGGCCCCUGCUCCCCUUCGCAGCAAACUGAUGGCCUGUCAUGUGCUGGGUCUGGUUGCCUGGUACUUCUUGCUUUAUCCACUUACUGAACCCUCCCUCUACAGCAAUGCUGCACUAGCAUUGUGAAGGAAGCCUUAAAAUACAGUAGUAACCAAAAUUUUUAUGAUAGAAUUGUAGACAUUUUGUGCCGUAUUGUUACAUACAAUUCAAAGUUUUAGUAGUUCAGAGAUGGUUGCUUCCUGUUCCUAGGAUGUCUUGUCUUUUAUUCUUGAAUAGUGAUGAAAUAUUUAAAUCAUGGUCCUUGUUAAUUUUAUUUGUGUAUUUAUUUAUGUAUUCAUUUGUUUUUAUCAUCUUGUAAAUUGUUCAUACAUGGUCACUUAUGCCUUUGGACCUCAUCCAAGAUCUAUGUUCCCCCAGUGUCUUUUAUUGCUCAACUGUGCUAUCCUCCUGUAAUACGUCAGCAGCAUCAACUGUGAACACAUUGCAUAUACUUUUUUUUGUAUUGCUUACAUGAAGUAAAUGGGGAAGUUUAUAAGAAAACCAAUUCUGUAACUGUCUAUCAGUAUCUGCUGCCUUUUCCAAAGAAUUUUUCCAUGAUACAAGUCUCAUGUCGUAUUUGUCCUUGCUUUUCUUCCUUGCAAGCUCCAAUUUCCUCAUUGUCUUACCCUUUCCCUUUCUCCCACAUGCACUUACAUUCUUUCCUCCAGUUCAUUCAACAUCAUCCUUAUGCAUCACCUGCAUUUAUCACACACACACACACACACACACACACACACACACACACACACACACACACACACACACACACACACACACACACACACACACACACACACACACACAGUGUAGUGGUUAGUAGACUCGGCUCACAACCAAGAAGGCCCAGGUUCAAGUCCCAGGCACGGCGAGUCAAAAUGGGCAAGCCUCUUAAUGUGUAACCCCUGUUCAUUCAGCAACAAGUACAUACAGAAUAUAAUUUGAGGGGUUGUGGCCUAGCUUUCCUGGUGUGUGGAGUGUGUUGUGGUCUCAGUCUUUCCUGAAGAUCAGUCUAUGAUUUCUGAACUCGCUUUGUAAUCAGGAAGGCUGGCUGGGUGACCAGCAGGCGACUGUGAAUACACACACACCAGAGCCCUUUAUCUAUGAAUACCACUAGGUACUGGGAAUAUUUACUGAAGUUUGAAGUGUUGGCUCACAAAUGAAUUGCUUGCAUGCAGUAUUCUGUCAAUGCACACUAGGCAGCUUCAUCUCAUCAUAUGAGUGGCAGUAUUAUUUUGGGCAUUUCUUGUGCAAACAACUUCUGUCAAUACUAAAAGUACUUUCAUAUUGCAGGCAACACAUACUUGAUGAUGAUGAUGAUGAGUGUGUCAAAUCUGCCUAGGGAUACUGAAAGAUGCAUCAUCAUUAAGCUAUACAAUUUUGAUUUGUUCAUCAAGAUGUACUCUUUUGAUCGUCUUACACUGUGCCAUUCUUUCUUUGUAUUCAAGUCACCUUAGAGUGCCAUGUUUGACCUCCUCCACCUUUCUGCUGUCUGUUUAUCUGUUUCCUUGAGCCCCAUCCACACGACUGAGCAUUGCUCUCGAACACAGGUGAGCGGUUCGUUCAAUGAUGAACAUCCCACUUUUGUUCACAGAACUACGAGCAGAAUGCUUGUUUUCAUAUUGCUUUGAAAACAAUGAACACUGCUCGUACCCAGGAGUAUUAUGUCACUGCCAGACAAAGCAAAGGACUGUGGUUAUCACUGGUAGUGAGUAAGCGAAAUGUCUGUUCCUACGCCCACUAAAAACUAGUGGUCUAAAGCAGCACUUUUUCAUAUGAUAUAGCUAUAUCAGCCCUGCAAACCAUAUCAGAGGAAAUGAGAAAAAUUGGUUGUCUGUGAUGCCUGAUGACACCAUUUACUUUUUCCCAUUUUCUUUCUUUUCUUCUUCACACACACAUACAUCAAGUAUUAUGCUACACAAUCCUAUUCUCUUCUGAUCCUUGAUGGUGGCCACCAUUGUUAUCAUAUUGCACACAGCCUGGGGAACCACUGUCUUUUGCUGUUUUGCGUGUUUUAACUGGGGCACCGUUUGGACAGCACUACUCUGCAUUGUUCAGAGGGCAAAAACGGGAGGUUUGUCAUUGAGCAGACUGCUCGCCUGUGUUUGAGAGCAAUGCUCGAUCAAUUGGAUGGGGCUUUACCCUCACCAUCCAUUACUUGCAAUUCACAGGCACUUCUUCAGUAAGUCCUUUCAUCGUGAUCAUUGUCUUUCACUGAACAUUCAAGUCUUUCUGCAUAUGGUAUGCAUAAUUUCUCUUUAGCUGUUAAUUAACAUAUUAUACAGCUAAGAAGUAUGGGAUCAAGGGAAUGUUUAAAGAAAAUGCCAUCCAUCUCAACAUUCAGUUCAUCAGAUGAGGUGUAUGGAACCAAAUAGGCAUUGGGGCCAAAAACUUGGUUUUGAGUUAGUCAUUUGAAAUUUUGCAGCAUUUACUUCAUCCAUAAUAAAAUAGCACAAUAGUGACAUGGUGACAACUCUCAUGCCUUCUGUUAGUUGUUUGGCAGUGCCUAGAGGUGGUAUAACCAUGUUAUGUGCUGAUUAGGAAGGCAUGCUUGGCUCAGAUGCACCUGUGGCUCUCAAACCUAGGAGUUGGUUGGACAUCCACGCUAAAAAAGAAAGCACAAGAAUUUAGCCUCUCUACUCAUUAGGUGGGUGAAUAUUGUACUGCUGAAUCAUGCAGAGGAGGGAUACCAACCAAUGCCUUUCAUGAUUCAGGCUCAACUCAAAACUUAAACUGGUGCAGAUGUCCCAAGGAUUUUAGAUAACUCAGGCAUAUGCUGAGAUGAAAACUAUCUCAGGCACAUAAAUAUUGUAUAAUUUCUAGCAGUGUCUUAACAAUCUUCCAUGUGUAUGUUUCUUUCUUUCCUCGUCCUCUACUAACAUAAACAUACAUAAUGUGACAUGGCAAAAAUAAUUUUUAUAUAAUAGAUAAUAUUUUCAAAUAUUGUUUGGUAUUGUUAUUGAUAUGAAAUGUUGAUACCUUUAUGAAAUUUGUUCAAAUGUUAUGGUGCUUUACUGUGGUUGGUGAGCUGACAAGAUUAUCAAGUAGUGAAGGUGAGGAAGGAUAGAUGUAAAAACCUCACAUAUGAUCAUGAGAAAGCAAAAAUCCAACCGUCUUCAAUAACAAAGACAACAAACCAUUCAAAGAUUGUAAAUUCCUGACGUCAGAGUUUAUGUGUUUUCAUGUUAGCUUUGUGAUUAUUUUAUUUCCUAACCUGUUGUCCAUUUUUCAAGAGCAAUCAUACCCUUUACAGUCAUAGUUGUUAUAAUGAGAGAUUUUUUCAACAUUAUGUGUUUAACACCUCAGUGAUGUAUUUAAUACCUCAGUAAUGUGUCAACCAUUUAUUUCAUACAGAGUUACCAAUACAUAUAGUAAUCUCUCAUUUUAAUAGUGUUGAUUCCAGACCAGAUACGAUAUUUUGAAUCCAGAAGUCUGUUGCGUAAAGUAAAAUUCAGUGUUCAUGACAUUUAUACAGCAUCUCUGUAUAAUUUAUUUCUGAAAAAAAAAAAAAAAAAAAAUGCACUGUGCCAGUAGAGUGUUUUUAACCACUGUAUAUUGAUAGUGACUAAGUGAGGUGAGAUGGGAAUAUGGAUAUGGCUAGUCAUCAUGUGCCAAUUUUGUUCACACCUGAUUUUGAGUUACUUCCACCUUGUAUUUCUUCUAUUCUGAUAUAUAUAUAUAUAUAUAUAUAUAUAUAUAUAUAUAUAUAUAUAUAUAUAUAUAUAUAUAUAUAUAUAUAUAUAUAUAUAUAUAUAUUUAUUUAUUUAUUUAUUUAUUUUUUUUUUUUGUAUGUACUACUAUUUUACUUCCUUUAGGAGGGACUUAAUCUGACUUGAUUGUUGAAGUUAUAACGUUUGGUGCAGAUGCGCUUGUAUUGUACCAGGAAAGUAUGUUUUUAUUAUUAGUUCUAUCAUGACAUGGGCAAUUCUGAGUUGUGUCCAUCAUAACAUGGUCUGUUAUAAUGAGAAAUUGCUGUACUCUGCUGAUGUAUGUGCAUGCAUGCACAAACAAACAAACAAACCAACAAACAAACAUACACACAAUUAGAAUAGUUCCCUCCUGUACAUAACAACUUGAUAAACAGACACAAAAACACAUGAGGGCCAGUGAUGUAGUAGUAACAUGCUUGGCUUAUGAUCGAAAAGUCUAGUACUAUUUGAAUUCCUGAGAGUUUAGGCUUGUCUUUCAUGAUGUAGUUUGUUUUUCCAAUAGAGAAUAGGCAUGGAAGUAUAUCAAGGGACUAUGGUCUGAUUCAUACAGAAAACAAACAACCUUGCUCUCUUUUAUGUGAAUGUAAUCAGGAAACAAUCAAUGAAAUCUGUGUUUAAAGCAACAAAUUUUAUAUUGAAAUGAGAAUUGCUUACCUGAACCAUUUACUUUAUUGGGCAUGAGCAGUACAGCAGGUGUAGUAGUUGGCCCAAUUAUCAUUUUAAUCCACAAUACGGGUUUUCUACGUACGUAUCUUUUAUCCAGUUGUGUUAGGGAUCCUGUAAUUAUUGUGCUCUAUAUAAAUUUAUGAGUAACUAUUAUUUUUGUUAAUCUAUCUGUAUUCUAUUUGAGGUAAAUUUUUUUUAUACAAAGCAUUUAAAAGAGAAAUGAGAGAGUGUAGGCAUUCUAUACCAUCACAAUCAAGAUACAUUUUAGAAACAUGAUUUUAAGUGAAAAGUAUCAAAAGUUAAGUUAUGCAACAAAUUAAUUUUCUUUUACAUUAUCUUUGUAUGUAGAUUUAGAUGUAAAAAAGUUAAGUCACAUCAAAUCAUCUUCCUAUAACUGUACAGGUUGUUACAUACAGGCAUGUAAUAGUCUGUGUAAUGAAGCUCCUGCCAUCU